AGAAACAGACUUCUUUGUUGGUCAGACGCUUCAAGUGUGAAGCUUCAUUGGAUGCUGAGAUUAGUUUUAGAGACGUUAUCCUUCUGUCUUGUGUUCAGUGAGGCUGCUGGCUGUUGUGUUGCAGGUCAUUCGGUCUCUCAGCAUUGAUCUUCAGGUUGCGCUGUUCAGAUUUUCAACACUCGACAUGAGUAAGUUUCACGGUGAGCUGACGCAGAGGGAGCAGGAGUUGCUUAAAAUUCGUCGCGACAGCGACACUAAAGCUGCUCAACUGGUGAAGAUGGAGAAGAUGCUGCAGCAGACCAAGAACCUGCUGGACAAGAAGACAGAGUCUAGUUCAGAGAGUAUGGGCUACCAGGAGAACAUGGUGGAGGACCUGGAGGAAAAGGUUCGCUCCAGCAGACGAUACAGGAGAAACUCGCUUCAUCACACGCAGAUGCUGGAGAGUCAGAUGAAAACGGUGAAGGGCGAGCUGGUGGGGACGCUGGACCACCUGCAGGAGCUGAGGAACGUCCUGCGGCGUUCACAGCAGAAGGCAGAGGAACGCAAAGCGGCGAUGGAGAAGCUGGCGGCUGGGCUCAGGUGAACAACCUUUUCAUUCAGAACCAGCUGUUGACCUUUUCCAGCUCCAGCACACGUGACGCCCAACAUCCUGCCAACAAGGCCAUGCAGAUAUUACAUCUAAGAAGACCUAAACACAAACAGUGGUGAGAAGAAACCAUGCUUUCGUUGUUCUCCUUCAUCAGUGAGGCCUUGAUUUCUCAUUAUUUGGAUGUUAUUGAUGGUUGCAAAUAGCCUCUUCUUCUCUUUCUUCCUCAUUCAUGCUUUAAUCUCUAAAGGCCUCAUGCUAAUGCACUGAAUUUGACAUGACCUGCUUCUUUGUGUCUUCUGGAAAUAAUCCAAAGAUGAUUAUAAAUUUCUAUUGAUUAUUUGGGACCAACAGUUUGAACUUAUGUUAAAUGAUAUUUCAAAUUUUACUUUUACUAUCUCCUGUCUGAAAAAUGGAGCUCACUCUUAUAUCUUCUCAGAAGCAAUAAUGAAGCUCUGAAAAACAACCUCCCAUAAAUGUUUCCUCCAGGUUGUUGACUUCCUCACAUUUAUAUAUGCUUAUCUGUUUGUAAGUAGAAAAAAUUUCUAUGAUGUUAACUUUAUUUGGACAUUUUCCAUCUGCAGCCUGUUGGAUCAGCCUGUUCUUGCCCAUAAAUGACAUCUUUUAUAUUACAGAGUUGUAUGUUUAUCCACUACUUGUGUUGCUAUUAAAUUCCUACAAGCUGA